AUGGACAGAAGGUGGAUACAGAACCCGAACAGAUGCGCAAACGAAUACUUGGAUGGAAUCGAGGAUUUUAUUGAGUUUGCACGUAGACACAACCCGGGUGCAACUAGAAUUCGUUGUCCUUGUAGGAGGUGCAACAACACGUUAUGGGAGACAAUUGAAAAUGUUGGAUUUCAUUUAGUAAGGAAUGGAAUGAUUGAGACAUAUAGCAUUUGGAACCUUCACGGGGAACAAUUAGAGCAUGCUUCGUCUUCAAAUGCCACAAGAGUGGACAAUGUUCAACCUAUUGUGGAUGCUAAUGAUCAAGUCAUGGAUAUUAUACAGGAUGUUUUUCCAUUUGCAUCGACCAACAUGAAUCAAGAAGAGCAAGAUGAUGUGCCUACACCAAUAGACAGUGCGGAGUUUGAACAAUAUGAAAAAUUAUUAAAAAAUGCCAACCAAGAGUUAUACCCGGGGUGCGAGAGCUUUUCCGUUCUCACGGCCAUUGUGGAGCUAAUGCACGGAAAAAUAAAGUAUCGUAUGUCGAACCUGUGUUUCGAUUACUUUUUGGGGGUUUUCAAGAGAAUGCUUCCGACGGACAAUUGUUUGCCGAAAGACCAUAAACAGGCGCAGAAGGUGUUGAAUGGUCUUGGAUUGGGUUAUGAAAAAAUCCAUGCUUGCAAAAACAAUUGCAUGUUAUUCUACAAAGAGCAUGAAUCGUUGGAUACAUGUCCUAUAUGCAAUGAGUCGAGGUUCAAGAUGACAUCUCAGAAUAGGACGACUAAGAUCCCACAAAAAGUCAUGCGUUAUUUGCCCCUGAAACCUAGGUUGCAGCGAUUGUAUAUGUCGACGCAUACUGCCAUAGACAUGAGAUGGCAUAAGGAAAAACGGGUAGACGAUGAUGUGAUGCGGCAUCCUGCAGAUGGGGAGGCAUGGAAAAAGUUCGAUCGAACGUUCCCCAAGUUUGCUGCUGAUCCCGAAAUGUUAGAUUGGGACUUGCCACUGACGGAUUCAAUCCGUAUGGGGUUCUAA